ACACUCGGCUCCUCAAGACUCAGCUCCUCAAGACUCAGCUCCUCAACAGUCGACUCUUCAACACUCGGCUCCUCAAGACUCGGCUCCUCAACAGUCGACUCUUCAACACUCGGCUCCUCAAGACUCGGCUCCUCAACAGUCGACUCUUCAACACUCGGCUCCUCAACACUCGGCUCCUCAACACUCGGCUCCUCAACACUCAACUCCUCAUCACUCGGCUCCUCAACACUCGGCUCCUCAACACUCGACUCUUCAACACUCGACUCCUCAACACUCAGCUCCUCAACACUCGACUCCUCAACACUCAGCUCCUCAACACUCAGCUCCUCAACACUCGACUCCUCAAGACUCAGCUCCUCAACACUCAGCUCCUCAACACUCAGCUCCUCAACACUCAGCUCCUCAACACUCGGCUCCUCAACACUCAGCUCCUCAACACUCGACUCCUCAACACUCAGCUCCUCAACACUCGAUUCCUCAACACUCAGCUCCUCAACACUCAGCUCCUCAACACUCGACUCCUCAAGACUCAGCUCCUCAACACUCAGCUCCUCAACACUCAGCUCCUCAACACUCAGCUCCUCAACACUCAGCUCCUCAACACUCGGCUCCUCAACACUCAGCUCCUCAACACUCGACUCCUCAACACUCGACUCCUCAACACUCGACUCCUCAACACUCAGCUCCUCAACACUCAGCUCCUCAACACUCAGCUCCUCAACACUCGACCCUUCAACACUCAGCUCCUCAACACUCGACUCCUCAACACUCAGCUCCUCAACACUCAGCUCCUCAACACUCGACCCCUCAACACUCAGCUCCUCAACACUCGACUUCUCAACACUCAGCUCCUCAACACUCAGCUCCUCAACACUCAGCUCCUCAACACUCAGCUCCUCAACACUCAGCUCCUCAACACUCGACCCCUCAACACUCAGCUCCUCAACACUCAGUUCCUCAACACUCAGUUCCUCAACACUCAGCUCCUCAACACUCAGCUCCUCAACACUCAGCUCCUCAACACUCGACCCCUCAACACUCAGCUCCUCAACACUCAGUUCCUCAACACUCAGCUCCUCAACACUCAGCUCCUCAACACUCGACCCCUCAACACUCAGCUCCUCAACACUCAGCUCCUCAACACUCAGCUCCUCAACACUCAGCUCCUCAACACUCGACCCCUCAACACUCAGCUCCUCAACACUCGACCCCUCAACACUCAGCUCCUCAACACUCAGCUCCUCAACACUCAGCUCCUCAACACUCAGCUCCUCAACACUCAGCUCCUCAACACUCGACCCCUCAACACUCAGCUCCUCAACACUCAGCUCCUCAACACUCAGCUCCUCAACACUCGACCCCUCAACACUCAGCUCCUCAACACUCAGUUCCUCAACACUCGACUCCUCAACACUCAGUUCCUCAACACUCAGCUCCUCAACACUCAGCUCCUCAACACUCAGCUCCUCAACACUCGACCCCUCAACACUCAGCUCCUCAACACUCAGCUCCUCAACACUCAGUUCCUCAACACUCGACUCCUCAACACUCGACCCCUCAACACUCAGCUCCUCAACACUCAGCUCCUCAACACUCAGCUCCUCAACACUCAGCUCCUCAACACUCGACCCCUCAACACUCAGCUCCUCAACACUCGACUCCUCAACACUCAGUUCCUCAACACUCGACCCCUCAACACUCAGCUCCUCAACACUCAGCUCCUCAACACUCAGCUCCUCAACACUCAGCUCCUCAACACUCAGCUCCUCAACACUCAGCUCCUCAACACUCGACCCCUCAACACUCAGCUCCUCAACACUCGACUCCUCAACACUCAGUUCCUCAACACUCGACCCCUCAACACUCAGCUCCUCAACACUCAGCUCCUCAACACUCAGCUCCUCAACACUCGACUCCUCAACACUCAGCUCCUCAACACUCAGCUCCUCAACACUCGACUCCUCAACACUCAGCUCCUCAACACUCAGCUCCUCAACACUCGACCCCUCAACACUCAGCUCCUCAACACUCAGUUCCUCAACACUCGACUCCUCAACACUCAGCUCCUCAACACUCAGCUCCUCAACACUCGACUCCUCAACACUCAGCUCCUCAACAUUACGCUCCUCAACACUCAGCUCCUCAACACUCCAGACUGGAACCCAGAGAUCCACCACUACAGCUGCCCCGAACACAACAAUGAUCGAACCCAAUCUGGUGUGUGAAAACAAGGGUACCUUACAAAACGGGAUCUGCCUCUGCCCAGACGAUUGGACUGGAACUACCUGCAACAUCUCAAAUUUCUGCCCUGAACAAAACCCCACACAAACUAGUAAAUUCACCUUUCCAAAAACGGUCUUAGGCCAGUUUGCUUCCUCAGUUGAGCGAUGUCCAUCACAUACACCAAAUGCCGGAAUCCCCAAAGCUUCAGCUCUCUGUAGUAUAUCUACUCACUUAUUUGAUCCUCCAAACACUCUACAUUGUGGUUUGACCCUGGAUACCAUUAACAAUGAUCUUUCUGGAGCUACUCAAGCCGAUGUCCUCUUAUUAGCCUCCAGUACCCAGAUCCUCACAUCCAUACCGGAACGGCUAACAGCCCACAACAUCACAAAUGCUGUUAAUAUAACCAACAUUCUACUCUCCCGUUAUGAAAGUGAACAAAGCACGGAAAUUGCAGUGUCAGCAGUCGCUACAGUCAGUCAGCUCCUGAGCGCAAGUCAUGGGAUGUACUCCUCUGUCGACCAAGCUGCAAUAAAUGAACUAACACAGACUCUACAGAAACUCUCUCUGCGUGAGAAGUCAAAUCCAUUGCUGGUGCAACCGAACAUGGCAGUGCAGUCACUGAAGGGGCAAACUCCAAUCCGACAAGUGCAAUUAACCUCUUUUAAAGGCAAGUUUGAAGCUUAAAUAUACAACAGAACUCUCUAGAAAAAAAGGUGAAUUUACGGCAUG